AUGACCCGGAAAAUGUGGGGCUUGAUUCCAGUGUUGGACUGCUCCCAGCUGCUGAGCUCGUGCGCUACGCAGUGCAAACCCUCCGUCUGCCCCAUCACGACCCCCGCACCCCGGGAGGACUCGACUCAUCGCACCAUGUCGGCAGACCAAGCUUUUGUGACGCUGGCCACAAACGACGCCUACGCCAAGGGAGCGAUGGUCCUCGGCCGGUCGUUACUCAAACACAACACGACCAAGAAGCUGGUCGCACUCGUAGGACCUCAUGUUGCUGAACCAUGCAGAGAUGCCCUCCGCUCCAUUUUCCACGAGGUGCUCGUGGUGGACGUGAUGGACUCGGGCGAUGCGGCUCACCUCUCGCUGAUGAAGCGUCCAGACCUGGGAGUGACCUUCACCAAGCUGCACUGCUGGACUCUCACGCAGUACAGCAAGUGUGUGUUCAUGGACGCCGACACGCUGGUGCUGUCAAAUAUAGAUGAACUCUUUGAGAGAGAGGAACUAUCUGCAGCGCCGGAUCCUGGUUGGCCCGACUGCUUCAACUCCGGGGUGUUCGUCUUCAGGCCGUCCGACGAGACGCACGAGAAGCUGCUCACGUUCUGCCGUGAACACGGCAGCUUCGACGGUGGAGAUCAGGGGGUUCUCAACAGUUUCUUUAACACCUGGGCGACGGCAGAUAUUUCCAAACACCUCCCUUUCAUCUACAACCUCAGCAGUAUCGCCAUCUACUCCUACCUGCCUGCGUUCAAACAGUACGGCCACGACGCCAAGGUGGUGCACUUCCUGGGAAAGGUGAAGCCGUGGAACUACUCCUACGACGCUCAGAGGGGCGAGGUCAAAGGUCACUCCCUGUCCCCGGACCAGUGCCACCUGCAUCCCGACUACCUGCUCAUGUGGUGGCAGCUGUACGCCAAAUCGGUGCAGCCUCUGCUGCAGCAGACGCACGGGGACGCCCCGUUCGACAGCGGCUUCGUGGACGCGCCGGUGGACGCUGCGCUCCACGAGGAUGGGAGUGAGGACCAGGCGCCCUUCGCCCCGCCCCCCCAGAAGGUUUCAUCCGAGGAGAGGAAGCAGCGAUGGGAGGCGGGCCAGAUCGACUACAUGGGCGACGACUCCUUCGACAACAUCGCACGGAAGCUUGACUCCUUCUUGAAGUAGCGAGCGGGCGGGCGUGAUGGACAGAGAGAGCACCAGUUAAAAGAUCUGCGUGUGUGGGCGGAGAUUUCAAAGCACUGCUCGGCCAAUCACAGGGGCUUGACUAGCAGGGCGACUGGACGAACGCCUCUGUGCAGCGUUCAGCCUCACUCUCUGCAUCCCGUUAGUGCGCGUGCGUGUGUGUGUGUGUGUGUGUGUGUGUGUGUGUGUGUGUGUGUGUGUGUGUGUGUGUGUGUGUGUGUGUGUGUGUGUGUGUGUGUGUGUGUGUGUGUGUGUGUGUGUGUGUGUGUGUGUGUGUGUGUGUGUGUGUGUGUGUGUGUGUGCACGAACGGGAGUGAAAGUUUGACAGCGUUCCCGUGCACUCUUUCCAUUCAAUUUUCCCCUCCAAAGGAAACGUUUGAUGUUCCACUUUCUUUGCUGAGAGUUAGAAGAGAAGAUUGAUACUAAAUAUUAAGCUCCAGCCAGCAGCCGGCUAACUUAGCUUAGCAUUAAGCUAAGUAGCUAGCCACACUUUCUUUUUUUAUUUUUACACGCAUUCAAAGAAAGUGUCUCAACCCUAAAGAUGUUUACUGUCCGGCCUGAAUGAUAAGAAGUUGAACCAGGGGGGGGGGGAAAUACAACGUUGAGAUCCAAUAUUUCCGCUCGUCCUCUUCGGUUGUUGCUGAACAGGUUGCAUUAAUGUUGGUUUAAAAGUUUCAUAUAUUCCUCACGGAUGGUAAAAACACGCGGUUGCACAACGAAAUGCCGUUGUAGCCCCGCGCAUUGAUGAUCAAACCAAUGCAUUUCCUUUUAAAUUUUAUUUACACCAGGAACUGCAGAUAAUUUGGCAUUAACUUUGAGCCUUCGUUGAACAUCCCUGGCUCUUAUGCACCCGACAUAACCAGAUUGUUUGGGGGGGGUUCACUCAUUCCUCUAUGAAAGGGAGUCGAAUCGACCAAUCAACACGAGUGGUUCAAUCUCCUCAUCUAACUCUCGGGGGAAGAAGGCAAACAAGUGUACUUCCCGAAAAUGUCAGACUAUUCCCUUUUUUAAGUGUUCUCGAUGGCGAUGGAGUCCCGAGUCUUCCGAACCGGUGGAAACCUUCAGCAACAACAGAAACUGAGAAAGUGAAAUCGUUGUUUCUGGAUUUUUACCACCGCUCCUAUCCUGCAAUAAGUCUCUCUAUCUAUUCAAACCACUUUAAAGCAGAUAUGCAGCAACUGGCUCAUUUCCCCUCCCCAAAGUCCCAGCCAGUCGUGACAACCUCGCUUCGAUUUAAGAGUGUUCACCUCCCCCGGAGGACUUCGGUAAACGUCCCCAUCUGUGCCUCCUGACGCUCACCAGCUCCAUGUGACUCCAGCUUUUUAAUAUCUGGUGUCGUAGGACGAAAAGCCUGUUAUGUUUGAUUCGCAUUGGCACAGAGUUUUUAAGAAAAGUGGGUCAGAAAUGAAGUCCUUCCACAUCCUGAAUUGAUGUUGAUCGUCUUGUGUGUGUAUUUGUGUGCGUGCGCUCCCCUCCGGGCAUCUUUCCUCUCUGCAUGUUACGUAACGUCCUCCUGCCAGAUCUCCACGUCAGUACCCCCCCCCCCCCCCCCCCCCCCCGUUCCUCCACUUCCCUUUCUGUCGUGUUACCAGCCGCCUUAUUGCCGUUCACUGUUUACAAAAACCACUUACUGUACCUGCUGCUAGCACAACACGUCAGACUUUGUCGAGCCCCUCCGUCCCCGUUACCUAUGCCUCUCUUACUUCACUCCAGCUGUGUGACCUCAAACUAAAAUAGAACAAGAACAGCGUAGCCGACGCACUCCCCCGACAAGGAGCUGGCGAGGUUGGGAAAAGAAAAGCCCAUGUGAUUUUUUUUUUUCUCCAAUCUUUUUUCGGCCUGCUCAAUCCUGAAUAUGCAUGAGCGUGGGAACGUACCUGUAAUGCAGAUCUGUCCCGCCACCUAGCUGUUAACUGUACAUCCCUGUAGAAGCGCUAAUAAAAGAACUGGUGAAGAAUUA